CAACACACACGGACUACACGCAGCAUUGUGAGAAUUACAUUGUUGCACAUUAUCCAAGGGCUUAUAGACGAUAAAAUACGGGACAGCAGGAUAAAACCCUAGUGCACAUCUGCAUCAGAAUACUACGUGGACACUGGAAGCGACCACCGGCAGAGAAUUAAUGUGAACAAUCAUAUGGAAGCUGAAUGCUGUUCAUUUAGUGCAACAUCUACAACAGUCUGCAGAAAUUUACAUUCCAGAGAGGUGAAGUGGGUGUCUUUACAUCCAAAAACUGUCCCAGAUUUAAGUGUACACCAUGAUGAAGGGUUAUGCAUCCUAAGAGGCAUUGCAAGCCAGCUGUGAGGUUUUGUUGCCAAGGCAACUCAGACACCCACUCUACAGUGUUCGGCUCACCCUUGCUGAGCAGGCACAUUGGUCAAGACCCACUAAAAGCGACCGAACAACAAAAGAGAGAGGGAAAGAAAGAGUAAGCAAAGUUUGAAAGGUCACAAUGAAUCGAGAGCAGCUGUAGACACCGGCAGCUGGAUUUCGCUCCCAUCCUAACGCACGGCACCUUCUUAGACGGACUGGUUUUCACUGGCAGCAAACUGGCAGAGGGAAAGAGAGCUCACACAGGUGGGCUAGCGGCAGCAGCAUCCCAGAGAUUAUAGAUUUGGAGAUUACAGGACAACAGCAGGUCAGGGCACAUUGCCUUGUUGAAAUCCGAGUUCUCCACCUCACCAAUUCUGUUAAGAGCUGUCAUCGUGAAAUUGGCAAGCGAGCCCCGCGAUGCAACACAUUCACAUGCACUCGGCUGAUCACGUACUCCACUAGCUGCUAGACGGAUGCAGUGUUAGAAGAAAAUCGGAUGCUGUUUUUGUCUGCUUUUUUCUUUAAUCCAGCUCCUUGCCGCUCAAAUCCCUUUUUGUGCUUGAGCCGUUGGAUUUUUUCAAUCAUCCUUGUUGCUGUCUUUUCUUCUUAUUUUUAUUUGGUUCAUUUUUACUAUCCGCUGACCUGGAAAGAGUCAAAGUGCUCGAAUUAUCAAACCACGAUGGCAGAAAAUCCCAAAGGUCUUCUCUAGACUGGAAUGUUCAAACCACACAAUUACGAAAGGAAACCGUUUGAAUCUUCGAGCUGCUUUCAUUGAAGACACUGUAAAGACAGAAGGGACAAACAAAGUGGAAUGUCUCCGCACUUAAAGUAACUCCCAGGAUACGCCACUACCGCCGAAUGAAUGAGACGUUUGAAGAGUAUCUUAGAAUGUAAAGCUAAUCGAGAUGUCUGCAAAAGAGCUUUAUUACGAGACUGUGAGACAACCCCACCCUUUCCCACCUCUGGCUGCGAAGUUCGACAAAGUGGCUCGCUAGACUGAGCGUACGGCCGCAGACAAACCGGAUUACAGUGACAAACUUGGACUCAUAGAGGACUGUAAUGGAACAGACACGGAUGACAGCCUAGCUUGUCUGGCAGUGAGAUGUCAAAACCACAGAGGGGGCUAUUCCUCCAACUGUCACUGCAGGGAGAAUAGAGCAGAUCACACACACGCCUACAAGCAGACUGAUUUUUAGAGGCGAAAGACUGGUGUGCGUUUAAACCGUGGCAGUAUAGACAGUUCAAAAGCGUGAGAGAGAGAGCUGGAGGAGAUCCCAUAGUGUAGAAGAGAAGAGCGGAAAUAAAGAGCAGUAAAAGGCUCACACGGCAGAGGUGACACACUGAAAGAGGAGACUGACAGACUGGAGAUCGGCGGUGGCAGUUCACAGGCGCACAGUUUUGUGAGGUUCACACACUUCUGGGUUUAAAGGCUGUGCCGCUCAGUACUCCGAGUAGUACUGAGUCCAGGUCGUGCACGGUGGCAGGGGCCGGUUCAUGGCAGUGGGGCGGGCGCAUGCCGUCUGUGCCUCCGCAGCGAGAAGGACGCUUCAGCUUGGGAUGGGGAUGGGGUUGGGCCGCAUGGGCGCGGGCUCAGAGGACGGGCGAGCUGAGACCCUGGGCGCCCGCCGGAGCUGGACCUGCGCCGGCAGGAGAACGCGGGGGUAUGAGAUGCUCCCUUCGCUUCUGCGUGGUCUUGGGAUCCCUGGCUCUCCUGUUCCUCACCUCGCUCUUCUUCUCGUUCUCGCUGAGAGGAGGAGCCGGCUUGCCUUACUUGGAACCCCCAGGAUGGGAAGAGUCACGCAGGGUUAAGCUAGUGCCCAGCUACACCGGUUCCCACCGGGUCGCCCCGGUCGAGAGCUCUCAGCAGAAGACAUGUGCCUGCUCUCGGUGCGUGGGCGACCCUGGUGUUUCCGACUGGUUCGAUGAGAACUAUGACCCGGACAUCUCGCCUGUUUGGAUUCGAGACAACAUCCAGCUGCCUUCAGACGUGUACUACUGGUGGGUGAUGUUGCAGCCUCAAUUCAAACCCCACAACAUCCAGCAAGUCCUACAGAGGCUGUUCCAGGUCAUUCCCGGCCGUUCCCCGUACGGUUCGUGGGACCCCGCCCGCUGUCUGCGCUGCGCUGUGGUGGGGAACUCGGGCAACCUCCGCGGGGCUGGUUACGGUCCGGUGAUCGAUGGCCACAACUUUAUUAUGAGGAUGAACCUGGCUCCCACUGUAGGGUACGAAGAGGAUGCCGGCAGCCGAACCACACACCACUUCAUGUACCCAGAGAGUGCCAAAAACCUGGCGGCCAACGUUAGCUUUGUGCUGGUGCCCUUCAAGACUCUCGACCUGUUGUGGAUCACCAGUGCCCUCUCCACCGGCCAGAUCCGCUUCACUUACGCUCCAGUGAAGCAGUUUCUGCGUGUGGAUAAAGACAAGGUUCAGAUCUUCAACCCAGCUUUCUUUAAAUACAUCCAUGACCGCUGGACACAUCAUCAUGGCCGCUAUCCCUCCACUGGCAUGCUUGUGCUGUUCUUUGCUCUACACGUAUGUGAUGAGGUGAAUGUAUUUGGUUUUGGGGCGGACAGCAGGGGAAACUGGCACCACUAUUGGGAGCAGAACCGCUAUUCUGGAGAGUUUCGUAAAACAGGUGUCCAUGACGCAGACUACGAGGCCCAGAUCAUUGAUAAGCUGGCCAAAGCUGGCAAGAUCUCAGUCUUUCCUGGAAAGUGAAUCUGGCCACCAGGUGCAAAGUAAUGGACCAACUGAUGGACUACCAUAAACAAAACCACCCAUUAUCCACUUGACACACUCAGUGUGCCUGUUAAACAUGAUCAAUGAGAAAUUUUUCAUGAUCUUAUUACCAUUCUAUGCUGUCCCGAGUGGACAAGAUUCUGGGCAACAUACCUUAUGAUGUGGUGGUUUUGAGAGGAGACGCUAGUACUAAAUGUACUAAUGUGCUUUUCCUUGCAAGCCUACCUCAACUAGGACAAGAAACUUGACUUGGCAAGGAACACUAAUAUCUCACCACUAAACAGCAUGUUAGGUUUAUGUGCUGGGAAUGGAUUUGGCUUAUAUUUAUGAAUUUUGAAUAGUAAUGAUGCAGGAACUCUUAUCUCAUGCCGAGGCCAGGUAGAUGAGUGAGACCAACAAUCACCGUAGUGUAUCAUAGUACUCUAGUAGUUCUCUGUUGAUUCGAUAAAGAGAUGGUUAACGCUAAAAAUGAAAAUGUUUAUCAUUUACUCCACCUCAUUCCAUUCCAAACCUGUAUUAUUUAUUUUCUACAUUAUCUUCACAGAAUAUAAAAAUUAUACAGGUUCGGAAUGAAAUGAACAAACUGAAAUUGAGCAAAUGAUACUUUUUUUUUUCUUUUUUCUUCCAUUUAUGGUUGAACUUUCACGUUAACUAAAAGCUUGGAUAGUGGCGCGCUGUUUCACUAGCGUUACAGCGCUGCAGUUAGACUCCUCCCAUCAUCAGGCACAUGUGGACUUCCAAGUUCGUGCUGUUAAACCAAGCUUUAUUUUGUCUUAUAUUUUGUUUCGUUGUUCGUGUUUGAAAUGAUCAUGCUAACAGUUUGUGAUCACUGUGUGCGCACAGCAGUCUGAACAACUUUCGUUUCGUUCGUUUUUGCUAAUUGCAUUUGAGUACUGAUCGUUCUUCUGGUCUGACAAGGAUGGACCGAUACUCGAAACCAGGAGCUAAAACCACUGACAGAGUCCAAUAUGAACACAUAUGAGCAAUAUAUUAAGUACAUGUGCAGUAUGUUUAGAAGAAACCAACGCUACUAAAGGUGUGGUGAUUGUUCUAGAGAUGCACUGUGAAGAGUGGUAGAGCUUCAUUGUUCUCUGCUAAAUUUAAAAUAAGUGGUAUGUAAUGGAAAACAACAGAAAUAAGUAUUUGAUUGUGAGAUGUAUUUGAUUGAAUAGAAGUUUUCAUUUAUGAAGCCUGUUGUAUUGCAAGGCAGUUUAUGACUAGCUGACAGAUCUCGAAGUUCUGGAGGAAUUCACUGAUGAGCGUUUUCUUGAAGUCAUAUAGACUCCUUUGCUGCUGUUCAGUCAUUUUUCGUCAAUAAUGGGUGAUGGAAGCUUUCUUUGCAUAAUUACAUUUAUAAGGUUUUAGACAAACGAAGGAUAGGCAGAAAGAUCAGCUUGAACGACAAGUGCUUUCUACGGAGUGUGAUGUGGGAAAGUAUGAGAUGGGAGUAAAAGAAAAUUUCAAUGCUUUUGCGUUGUCUUGCUAAUUUUUGCGUUCCCUCUAGAUAUAUUGUGCUGGCUGGAAAAAGGUUUCCUUGAGAAACUUUGCAGUAGCUUGCAAAAUAUUUGCUUUCCUCAGAGAAACGUAGCGUUAUGUUGCAAAAUGUUUGUUACCCAGAAACAAUUUGCUGUACAAAAUUUGUGUUUCCCUUUGCAUUAGCUUGCGAAAUUUCGGAGUUGUUAGAGAACUCAAAGAAGAACUAAACGAUUUUGCACGCUAAAUUAUUAUUAUUUUUUUACUUUUUUCAUUUUAUUUUCUAUUUUAGUUUAUUUUAGUUCCCCCAAGAAACUUUGUGUUAGCUAGCAAAACUUUUUGAGUCGCUUAUAUGUGAACUCGAGUUUUUCUGGAAAGCAAACAUAGGUUUUGUAAGCGAAUGCAGUUUCUCUGGGAACACCUAUUCUCUUGCGUUCUGUAAUCAAGCGUUUGAGUUUCCCUGACAAACAUGCGUUCAAACAAAAGACCCAAAAGCACUGAAAUACUUUCUUCUGAUCUCAGAGUUUUUUUUUUUUCCCCCACCACCGCGUCCGUAGGUUUCUGCUUCGGCCGAGUCUAAGUUUCAGGUGCAGUAGUUCUUUUUCAAAAUGUAGACAUAUCAGCUAUUUCAGUGUGUAAACGCACACACACGUUACAUGCUUGCGUGCCUUGUCCUCGCUUCUGGACAUGUCCUCUUUCCAGAGCACAGCUAACCUCAUUAUAAGACGCAUAAACACGUGCUAUUGUUCCUUUAGUCUUCUUACAGAGCAUUUAUUGACACACAUUCGCGCUCUCUCAUAAAUCUGGGCUCUAAAAUAGGGCACAGAUCGUCUACCCACCAGCUGUCCUCCACCCACACAUGAUUCACGGCUUCUCCUGUGCUCCACCACCUCAUCCUCUUGUCUGUUCUACUUUGAGCUAAGCUGAGCGCCGUGCCUUCGGGAUCAGGGUGGGAAAAGCUCUCACCUGAAAACCUUCUCCCCUCUUGAUUUUUAAGAGCUACCUACCUGCAUUCACUGUCACUUCUGAAAAGUCUCCUGAACCCUUAGAAAAUCCAGACCUGUGGCACAUGAGUGCUUUUCUACAUUGUCAUUAAUGCGUAAAUGUCUUUUGACGGUUACAUACCGGGUGAUUAUUAAAUGCACAGUACUGCAGUGGCUUUAUUAUAUUUAAGCCUGUUAUGAGGGAUUAUUAUUGGGCGUUUCACAGUGAAAUUCUAAUAUCACAGAUACAUAGGAUGGCUGCCCUCUCAGAGGUAGAAUAUUGAGAUGCGCAGUUGGUCACCAAAGAGUUUAAAUCCAUUACUAAUCCUCUUGUUUUUGUUGUUCGAUGUUUUAAGUAGCCUAUUAUUCCGAAAAUAUGGAUUAAGGAAAAUAAGUUGGCUCGUGACGUUCUUGUAUUGCUCUUAACAGUAUUCAUUAAUCCUAGGUGGUACUCGGUGGCGAGGAGGGAUGAUUCUCUUGUUUUCUUGCCACAGGAGGAUCGUAGCCUGCUGAGUGAUAUUCAGGCAAAUCUACUUUAAACAAUUUCUGAAAGACUACAUUAUGUCCGCCUUCUCUGUUCUCUCCAUUUGAAAUGUUCUGUGGCCAAAUUGCAUGACGAGAUCAAUUCCAAAUUGGCUUGUUUUCUUUAUGCUCUUCCUGCCAACGUUCUCAGCACUAAAUUAUCGGUCUUUGUUGAUCCUUAUUGUCACGUUGAGAGAGCUUUUUCUUGGACUUUGUAUCAUCUUUUGUUGAAUUGUUUGUAGGAUUAUAGGAUGCAAGUUGAAGGCUGUAAAGUACUGAGUGAAAUGAAUAUUACAGACCAUAAGACUAAACUGCUUUCCCCUUUGCUGCUUUUUUUCACGAUCAUACACAUGAUUGUGCCUCCAGAAUAGACAUGUUGACUGAAUGAUGCAAUUUCAUUGGUUUCUUGACCUUAAAUAAUUAAUAAAACACAAUAAAAUGGCAGCAAAUUACCCAACAUAAAUUAAAAAAUGAGGCUACAGUAUUUAGACUCCACUUUCAACUUAAUGUUGAAUCUUGUUCUUCAUGAAGGAACCCUCUUCAGCACAGACUGUACAUAUCCUCACUGUGCCACUGUGUUUGCUCAUCAUUAGUGUUGAUAUAGUGACUAUUGGUCAGUGCUCUUUCCUUUCACAACCUCAGUCUUUGUGUAAUUCUGGACUGUUUUUAUCUUUAUGCUACUGUAAGAAAUAAAAACGCUUAAAAAUG